AUGGCGAGUUGGUUUACAUCGUCGUCGCCGUUGGACGACCAGGUCGAGAAAGCUACGUCGUCUAGUUUAGAGGACAUCGCUUUGAACCUGGAGAUAUCAGACCUGAUUCGGUCAAAGACGGUGCAGCCCAAGGAAGCCAUGAAGGUCCUGAAGCGGAGAUUGGAAACGAAGAACCCCAACGUUCAGCUGGCAACACUCAAGUUGACCGACACCUGCGUGAAGAAUGGCGGGCGGCAUUUUCUUGUUGAGAUCGCAUCGCGAGAAUUCAUGGAUAACCUCGUAUCCUUACUUAAAACUGAAGGCCCUAAUGCUCUUAACCACGAUGUGAAGACCAAAAUGCUAGAACUUAUACAGAACUGGGCAAUGGCCGCUCAGCCUAGGAAUGAUCUCUCCUACAUCGCGGAGACCUAUCGAAAGCUACAAAACGAUGGAUAUAACUUCCCGCCAAAGACCGAAAUAGCAAGCACAAUGCUCGAUAGUGACGCUCCUCCUGAGUGGAUUGACUCUGACGUAUGCAUGCGAUGUCGCACCGCGUUCACAUUUACCAACCGCAAGCACCACUGCCGCAACUGCGGGAACGUUUUCGACGCUCAGUGUUCAAGCAAGUCAUUACCCCUGCCGCAUCUCGGGAUAAUUCAGCCUGUUCGAGUGGACGACGGUUGCUAUGCCAAACUUACCUCUAAAUCUACGAAUACAGCCUCGCGGUUGCUCAGCUACUCAGCAAACUCACCUGCUGUCCCUGCAAAUAAGCCUCGCAUGGAACCCCGGAGUGCGUAUGCAGAUAAUGACUUUGAUGAAGAUUUAAAACGAGCAUUACAAAUGAGCCUGGAAGAUUCAAAGGGGCGAAAUUCAUCGGGUUAUGUUCCCCAAACUAAAUCAUCCUACGCUGCCCCUAAAGUACAAGUCAGUGCCGUGAAAAAUGAUGAAGAUGAGGAUCCGGAUCUUAAGGCAGCUAUUGAAGCAUCAUUAAAAGACGUGGAGGAACAGAAACGGAAACAUACCGCCGCCUUGAAGAACUCAACUUCAAGCGAUAGAGCUGCAACCAUUAAGCCUUCUGCAAUAUUGCCGAAAAAGGAUUAUGAAUUGACUCCCGUAGAAGCCGAGAAUAUAAACUUGUUGGCUACGCUGGUCGAUCGGCUCCAACAUCAACCACCAGGGACCAUCCUUCGAGAACCACAGAUUCAAGAAUUAUAUGAAAGCAUUGGUGCUCUAAGGCCAAAACUUGCCAGGACAUAUGGUGAAACCGUGAGUAAAUAUGAUACUUUGCUUGACCUGCAUGCGAAGUUAUCAACAGUCGUACGAUAUUAUGACAGAAUGUUGGAAGAACGGCUAUCCAAUACAUAUUCACGCCAAACUUUAAAUGCUUAUGACAGUGUUCGACCUCAAUCGAACGCAAACAUCUACCCUCCAAUAGGCCAGCAAAACACUGGCGGCCACGAGGGUGCCGAAAACUUCUACCUUAGAACUGGCGCAUCCGAUCCGCAUCCGUCAGCAUACCCUCAGUACUCAGCCAACCAAUCACAACCACCGACAGGACAAGUACACGAUUACCAAGGAGCAGGGCCAUCAAGUGCGCCUUCUUUUGACCGCAGAGCCUCCACCCACGGUAGCAUGCACUCACAAACUAGACAACCCGAAACAUUCUCCCGACAACCGCCCCAGCCCGCCUUUUCUUAUACUCCUCAAGACCUCUCACACCAUUCCCCACAGGGAGCAGAAUCAGUCUCCCCACCACAUCCCACAGUGCAGCCAUACCCGCCGAGCCAGUUUCCACCACCAUCUACGGCUACACCUCAAAAUAUGUAUCCCUCUCCUGUCCCGGCAAACGGACAGUAUCCCAACUACAACACCAUGUCCCCCGCCCUACAACCGGCUCCUCAACAUCAGCAACAGUCACCUCCAAAGCCGGCUGUUGAAGAAAGCCUGAUCGAACUUUGA